AUGAAGCGCAUCCGAGUGCUUGAGCGGGUCGCCGGCGUCGUCGUCUUCAUCGGCGUUGUCUGCGGUAUCCUCGCUCUCUGCGGCGUCUUCAAGUCGUCGCCAACGCCGACCUUCGACGACGUCGCGCCCUCGGCCAACGAUGCAGGCAACACGCGGCCCACCAACUGCUCGAGCGUUGCGCCUGGUAAGCGCGUCGUCGCGUACUGGAGCUCCGAGAUGGCCGGCUGCGAAUCGAUUCCCGACGGCGUCACGCACGUUGUGCUCUUCGCGGCGACUGUCGGACGGGACGGCGUCGUCGCGCCGUCGCUCCAAGCGUCCGACGACAUUGUGAACGCCUGCCUCUCGGUGCUGCACAAACGCUGCGUCGACGUGCUCGUUGGGCUCCACAGCGUCAACACGUCCGAGCUCAUUGCAUCGCCGCCGGCCCAGGUCGCCGACGGUGUCUCGACGCUUCUUGACAAGUUCGAAUUCGACGGUGUCGCCGUCCACGACGAGUCGGACGCGACCUCCAACUACACGGCCGACGGCGUCGUCGCCUACAUGACAGCGCUGUCGAACGUCGUGCGCCCCGAGAACCUCACGCUCACGUACGACGCGCGCCUCUUCGAGGCCGACGCUGGCGUCUGCGCCGAGUCCAAGUGCUUUCCGUCGGACCUCGUCGCGCUCGUCGACUGGGUCAACGUAUUUGCCUUCAACGCAGCCAAAGACGAAGCUGAAGCGAGCCUCGUGUACCCGGCCGCGCUCUUAUCCGACGGUAUCUUUGCCAAGUGGACGGCCCUCCUCGGGUCCUCCAAAGUCAACAUCGUCGUCUCGGCGCCCGGCAGCGCGUCGUGGGGUCCCGACCUGACGAUGGCGACGAUCGCAAGCUUCACGACCUUCGGCGUCGCAGCAGGCGGCGUCGGCGUCUGGACUGCGUCCCAGGACAUGUACACCGAGUACCCGGCGCUGAGCCAAGUGCUCGACACGCGCCAGGGGUUCAAGAGCGUGCACACGGCGCCGCCGACGGCCGUGCCGGCGCCCCCGAAAGCCACAAAGCCGCUCUCGGUGUUUUGCCGCAGCGGCAUCAGCUACACCGUCAAGGCCGGCGACGCGGCGUGGUCCAUCGUCACGAGCCUCUGCAAGAAGACGACCAACACCAAGUGCAGCCGCAUGGGCAUCUGGCUCUACCGAACGAGCUCGCUCGAGCUCUGUCCGAGCGAUCUGGGCACGGGCGACAAGGUCACCGUCUGCUGCGGCGUCAAUUAA